UGGGGGUUGUGUUGAGCUGUGGGGGUUCUCUGUGUGCUGAGCAGAUCAAGAGGGUGAAUGGGGGGGGGUCUCAGCUUGUGUCAUGGAGGGUCAGGGUGGGUGUUUUUGGAUGCCUUCUUCUUCCUAAGAGCAGCCACGCACUGCCCAGGGCAAUGGGGGCAGCUCUGUCCCUGGAGGCUUUCACAAACUGUGUGGAUGUGGCGCUGAGAAACGUGGUUUAGUGCAAAGGCAGGAGGCACUGAGUGCUGCUGAACAGAGCCCAGCCCUGUCCUCCUGGCUCCUGCCAUGUAGAUAUUGACCAGCAUCCAUCACAUCCCCUCCCAUCCUUCUCUUCCCACGGUGCUCAACCCUGGGGCGCUCAGCCUGUCCCCAUCAGGAGCUGCUCCAGGCCCCCCGCAUCUCCUCACACUUACUGGGCUCUCCCCAGCAGUUCCCCGUCUGUCUGGAGCUGGGGAGCCCAGCACUGGGCGCAGUGCUCCAGGUGUGACUCCUUCUUGGCCACGAGGACACUCUGCUGCUUCAUGGUCAGCCUUUGGCCAACUGUUGGCCAACCAUUGGCCAACCAGGACACCAUUGGCCUUCUUGGCCACCAGGACACUCUGCUGCUUCAUGGUCAGCCUUUGGCCAACCAGGACACCACUGGCCCUCUUGGCCACCAGGACACUCUGCUGCCUCAUGGUCAGCCUUUGGCCAACUGUUGGCCAACCGUUGGCCAACCAGGACACCACUGGCCCUCUUGGCCACCAGGACACUCUGCUGCUUUAUGGUCAGCCUUUGGUCAACUGUUGGCCAACCGUUGGCCAACCAUUGGAACCUUUGGCCCUCUUGGCCACCAGGACACACUGCUGCCUCAUGGUCAACCGUUGGCCAACCAGGACACCACUGGCCCUCUUGGCCACCAGGACACUCUGCUGCUUCAUGGUCAGCCUUUGGCCAACUGUUGGCCAACCAUUGGCCAACCAGGACACCAUUGGCCUUCUUGGCCACCAGGACACUCUGCUGCUUCAUGGUCAGCCUUUGGCCAACUGUUGGCCAACCAUUGGCCAACCAGGACACCAUUGGCCCUCUUGGCCACCAGGACACACUGCUGCCUCAUGGCCAACCGUUGGCCAACCAGGACACCACUGGCCCUCUUGGCCACCAGGACACUCUGCUGCCUCAUGGUCAGCCUUUGGUCAACUGUUGGCCAACCGUUGGCCAACCAGGACACCACUGGCCUUCUUGGCCACCAGGACACUCUGCUGCUUCAUGGUCAGCCUUUGGUCAACUGUUGGCCAACCGUUGGCCAACCAGAACACCAUUGGCCUUCUUGGUCACCAGGACACACUGCUGCCUCAUGGUCAACCAUUGGCCAAACAGGACACCAUUGUCCCUCUUGGCCACCAGGACACCCUGCUGCUUCAUGGUCACCCUGUUGGCCCCUGGGUCCUUCUCCACAGAGCUGCUUUCCCUGAUCUGUGGUCCUCAGAAAGGAGAUUCCUGUCCUGCAUCUAGCAGAGUUGGGUGCUCGCCCUGUCCUGCAGCCUUGGAGCUCUUUGGUGCCGCAGAGCAAACAGCUCACAGUGCUGCUGUUGAAGACACCGUUUGCAGUCGCUUCUUUUAGGGCACAGUGCAGCACGGAGCUCCCAGAGCAUCACCUGCUUGGUGUCUCAGCACUUUCCCUGAACCCACUGCCUCCCCAGCUGAGCACCCACGGCCCUCAGAGCUCCAAACCCCGGGGAACACCACCUGCACUGCACAGAAGGGUGUCACACUGUUGUGCUCCACAUCCAGGAUGCGUUACCCACGCUGGCCCAGCAGCUGCAUACAGCACAGGGUCAUAGCGUUGGUUAGCUGCUGGUGUUUUCACUCCGUUCCAAGCACUGAACUGGGUCCCGUGGAGGUUGGGUUGGAGUCUUGGGAGUGCUGGGUCGGUUUGGGGUGAGAUUUGCCAGAAUUGGGGCUAUCAGGAGCCCACACAUGCCUGCAGGAGGCUGUGAUUUCAUAGAACCUCUGGUGUGCGGGGAGUUAGAACCCCAUAGCAUCCUAAAUUGGAAGGGAUCCGUGAGGAUCGUCAGGUCCAACUUGAGUUGAGCAUGUUGUUUCCAUCUGGUUCCUUCUCGUAGAAUCCUAGAAUGGCCUGGGUUGAAAACGACCACAGUGAUGAUCUAGUUUCAACCCCCCUGCUAUGUGCAGGGUCACCAACCACCAGACCAGGCUGCCCAGAGCCACAGCCAGCCUGACCUUGAAUGCCUCCAGGGAUGGGGCAUCCAUAACCUGAGAGUGAUUGCUCUGCUAACAGCAGGCUGGCACAGCUUGUUAGAGGCAGAGCACUGACCCAGUGCUCUUUCAGCAGGCCAGGAAGCUCAGAGGAGAGCUCUGGCAUCUCACGGAUCUGCAUCCUGCACCUGCCCAGCACUACAGAGACCACAUCUCCUGUGGGUGUUGCUUGGGGACGAAGUGCUGCUGUUGGCAUCUCGCUGUGGGCUGUGCCUUUUCCUGCCCGGGGCCAAUUAGGCCAAUUAGGGAGCAGAAGGGAAGCGCAGCACCUGAGCUCAGAGCUGCGUGGCGUAGCCCUGGGGACACAGCAGGAGCGUGGGGACAAAGGUUGGAGCUGUGCCCUCGUGCACGUGUGGUGCCGGAGCCUGAUAGCAGAGUCCUUGCUGUGACUUCUUAUGGGUCCCCUCAGGGCUUCUCACACCCUUCUGAGUGCUGAGAAAGCUGUGCAGGGAGGUGACCUGGUGCUGGAGGCCGCUUUGGUUUUAAGGCAAAGAAGCGUCCCCGUGGUCUCAGAGAAGAGCUUUGCCAUUUGCUGCUACCUGCAGGCAUCGAGUUUCUGUGAGCAGCAUGGGAGCCCCUGCAGCACGCAGCGUUCACACGGCACGGCCUCACCCGUGUGUUUAGGGAAAUAAAGGCAGCAAAGCAGCCAACCCUCGAGGCUGGCAUUGCUGCUCCAAACGUUGCUCUUUGUUCUUUCUUUGCCU